UUCUUUCCUUCCUUCUCUUUCUGAAGAGAUCAGACUGGAAAUGAAGGAAACUACUGCAGAGCUGAACCAUUCUGUUGCAGAAAUUCCCAAGCAAGUAUUCAUGGGUGAUGGAUCUUGUGGCUUAACUUGGAAAGAAAGCUGUGUAACACAUGAGAGAAUCCACCUUAGAGAGAGACACUGUGGAUGUAAUGAAUGUAGAAAAGGUUUUAUUAAAAAUGAAACUCUAAUUGUACAUCAGAGAAUCCACACUGGAGAGAAGCUUUAUGAAUGUAACCAAUGUGGAAAGGCUUUUAGACAAAAGAAAGAUCUUAUUGUACAUCAGAGAACCCACACUAGAGAGAAACCUUAUGAAUGUAACCACUGUGGAAAGGCUUUUACACAAAAGGGAAAUGUUUCUGUACAUCAAAGAAUCCACACUGGGGAGAAACCUUAUGAAUGUAACCAAUGUGGAAAGACUUUUAGAAGCAAGGGAGCUCUCAUUGUACAUCAGAGAAUCCACACUGGAGAGAAACCUUUUGAUUGUAACCAAUGUGGAAAGGCUUUUAGAAGCAAGGGCGAUCUUAUUGUACAUCAGAGAACCCACACUGGGGAGAAAUCUUGUGAAUGUAGCCAGUGUGGAAAGGCUUUUACACAAGAGCGAGCUCUUAUUGUACAUCAGAGAAUCCACACUGGAGAGAAAUCUUGUGAAUGUAAUCAAUGUGGAAAGGCUUUAAGAAGCAAGGGAGCUCUCAUUGUACAUCAGAGAAUCCACACUGGAGAGAAACCUUUUGAUUGUAACCAAUGUGGAAAGGCUUUUACACAAAAAGGAGAUCUUAUUAUACAUCAGAGAAACCACACUGGAGAGAAACCUUAUGAAUGUAACUACUGUGGAAAGGCUUUUAUACAAAAUGGAGCUCUUAUUGUACAUCUGAGAAUCCACACUGGAGAGAAACCUUAUGAAUGUAACCACUGUGGAAAGGCUUUUAGAAGCAAAGGAGUUCUCAUUUGUCAUCAGAGAAUCCACACUGGGGAAAAACCUUAUGAAUGUAACCAGUGUGGAAAGGCUUUUAGAAGCAAGGGUGAGCUUAUUGUACAUCAGAGAACUCACAGUGGAGAGAAAUCUUAUGAAUGUAACCAAUGUGGAAAGGCUUUUACACAAAAGCGAGCUCUUAUUGUACAUCAGAGAAUCCACACUGGAGAGAAACCUUAUGAAUGUAACCACUGUGGAAAGGCUUUUAGACAAAAGAAUGAUCUUAUUGUACAUCAGAGAACCCACACUGGAGAGAAACCUUAUGGAUGUAACCAUUGUGGAAAGGCUUUUACACAAAAGGGAGCUCUUAUUGCACAUCAGAGAAUCCACACUGGAGAGAAACCUUAUGAAUGUAACCAGUGUGGAAAGGCUUUUAGACAAAAGAACGAUCUUAUUGUACAUCAGAGAACUCACACUGGAGAGAAACCUUAUGAAUGUAACCAAUGUGGAAAGGCUUUUAGGCAAAAGAACGAUCUUAUUGUACAUCAGAGAACUCACACUGGAGAGAAACCUUAUGAAUGUAACCAAUGUGGAAAGGCUUUUAGACAAAAGAACGAUCUUAUUGUACAUCAGAGAACUCACACUGGGGAGAAACCUUAUGAAUGUAACCAAUGUGAAAAGACUUAGAUCGAAGGGACAUCAAUGAAUCCACACUGGAAAGAAAACUUUUGAAUGUAAACAAUGUGAAAAGGCUUUGAAAAAUAGAACUUUUAGUUACAUCAGAGAAUUCACAGUAGAGAAAAAGUUUGUAAAGGUAACCAGUGUGGAAAGGCUUUCAGACAUAAGGAAUGUCUUAGUGUACAUAAGACAAUCCACGCUAGAGAGAAGCCUUAUGAAUGGAAGCAAUGGGGGGAGUGUUUUUUUUUUUUUAAUGGAAGUUUUUGAGUGGAUGCCUGCCCGUCAUUUGGAGAAUGGUUGAAUAAGUUGUGGUAUAUGAACAUUAUGGAAUAUUAAUUUUUUUUAAUAAGGAGUGGUCAGAGGAUCAUUUCAGAAAGGUUAGGAGAGACUUACAUGAACUGAUGCUAAAUGAAAUUGGAUUAUUUGCCAUCUAGGAAAAGGGUUUUGGGGAAGGAGUGAAAAAAAAAAUUGAACAUAAGGUUUUGCAAAGGUGAAUGUUGAAAACGAGCCAUGCAUAAAUUUUGAAAAUAAAAAGCUUUAAUAAAAAAAGAAAGAAAAAUUUAAAAAUCCACACAGGAGAGCAGCCUUAUGAAUGUAACCAAUUUCGAGGGCCAAAACUCUGGAAAGGUAUACUUUAAUCAAGGACAGCAGGAUGCUUAGAUUUAAGCACCUACUCAAUGUGAUUGAUGGGAUAAUAAUUCUCUAGUUAAACAUAUACUUAAUGUGAUGUAAUGAUGUAAUCACUCUGGUUGGCAUAUACUUAAUGUGAUGUAAUGAUGUAAUCACUCUGGUUGGCAUAUACUUAAUGUUAUAUGGUGAUGUAAUGGUUCUACUUGGCACAUGCUCAAUUGCUGUGGUAAUGUAAUCAUACUGAGAUAUUUUAAGGGCUGAGAGGACUGGGAUCUGAGAGUCUCAGACACAGAGAAGACUCCAGACUAUCUUUGACCAGCUUCAUGGUGGGUCUCCUGCCUUCGUGACUUCUCCAACUAAAGACAAGGCUCAUCUUGACACACUUGAAAAAACUUGUCAGGACACUAGAACCAAUGAGGAAAGAGGUUUUUUGUUUGUUUGUUUGUUUGUUUUUAAGGGAUUUUCUUACUCUACACCAGAAAUUCCACAUGGGAGAGAAGCUUUAUGAACUUACCCAUUAUGGAAUAACUUUUAGAGAAAUCAGUGUUCUUACUGGACAUCCGAGACUCCUCACUGAGGAGAAACUUUAGGAAUGCAACCAUCUAAAACAAAACUUUAAAACAUAACAGAGUUCUUGCCAAAGUAAAGCCAGGGUCUAUAUGAACACACCUAUAAGACACUUUCCACAAAACUAAAGUCAGAUCUAACCAACUGAAAAAAUAUCAAGUGCUCGUGUGUGGGCCCAGCUAUUAAAAUAAAAAUGACAAUACUAUCUAAAUCUAUUUAUUCAGUGCAAUACUAAUCAAACUCCCAAAAAAUCAUUUUACAUAUAUAAAAAAAUUAUAAGAAGCUUCAAGAAAUAUAAGGGAAUUAAUGAAAAAAUUAAAGGCCAAUAAAGGUGGCCUAUCUACACCUAAACUAGACCUAAAACUAUUAUAAAGCAACAGUCAUCAAAAUCAUUUGGUAUUGUCUAAGCAAAGAGCUGUCAAUCAGUGGAAUAGGUUAGGUUUAUAGUACAAAUUGUCAAUGACUCUAGUGUUUAGACAAAUCUAGUGUUUGACAAACCUAAAAAGCCCAAUUUUUUGCCAAAACUCUUUGGGAAAAUUGUAAACUUGUGUGGCAGAAAGUAAUUGUUGACUAACAUCUGACAGCAUAUACCAUGAGCCAAUUAAAAUUAUAUAGGAUAGUUUACAUCUCAGAUCUAUGGAGAAGGAAGGAAUUUUUGACCAAAGAAGAACUGGAGCUCAUUAUUGAACACAAAAUAUAGAAUUUUGAUUAUAUUAAGUUAAAAAGUUUUUAUAUAAAUGAAACCAGUGCAGAUUAGAAUAAGAAGGGAAACAAUAAACUGGGGGGGAAAAAAACAUUUUUACAAUCAAUGAUUCUGAUAAAGGCCCCCUUUCUAAAAUCUAUAGAGAAUUCACUCAAUUUUUCUAAGAAUUCAAACCAUUCUCCAAUUGAUAAAUGAUCAAAAGAUAUAAAUAGAUAAUUUUCAGAUGAAGAAAUAAAAAAAUGUAAAAAAAAAUUCUAGUCAUAUGAAAAAAUGCUCUAAAUUACUACUCAUCAGAAAAAUGCAAAUUAAGACAAUUCUGUGAUACCACAACACACCUCUCAGAUAGGCUAAGAUGACAGGAAAAGAAUGAUGAAUGUUGGAGGGGAAGUGGAAAAACUGGGAUACUAAUGCUUUUUCAUAGAUCCAAUAUUUGGCAAAACAAUUUGGAACUAUGCCCAAGGGGCUAUCAAAAGGUGCAUACCCUUUGAUCUAGCAAUGUUUCUGCUGGGCUUAUAUCUCAAAGAAAUCUUAAAGGAGGGAAAGGGAGCCACAUGUACACAAAUGUUUGUGGCAAGAAACUGGAAACUGAGUGGAUGCUCAUCAGCUGGGGAAUGGCUAAAGAAAUUAUAGCAUAAGAAUAUUGUGGAAUAUUGUUUUAUAAGGAAUUAUCAGCAGGAUGAUUCCACAGAGGCCUGGAGAGACUUAUAUGAACUGAUGGAAAGUGAAGUGAGCAGGACCAGGAAAUCAUACAUGGCAACAGCAAGAUUAUACAAUGAUCAAUUCUGAUGGACAUGGCUCUUUUCAACAAUGACAUGGUUCAGACCAGUCCAAAUGAUCUUGUGAAGAAGAGGGCCAUCUAAACCAGAAAGAAGACUGUGGGAACUGAGUGUGGAUCACAACAUAGCAUUUUCACUCUUUUGUUAUUUGCUUGCAUUUUAUUUUCUUUCUUAUUUUUCCCCUUUUGAUCUGGUUUUUCUUGUAUAGCAAUAUAAUUGCAUAAAUAUGUAUGCAUAUAUUAGAUUUAAGAUAUAUUUUUACCAUGUGUAAUA